AAAAAUAAAAUAAAAUAAAAAUAAAAACCGUGACGAAGUUUGAAGGACUGCGAGAAUUGCCAAAACGUGUCACGGAGUAAAGAAAGGUUGGAAAAUGGCACCAACAGUCUGGCUCGACCCAGGGUGGCCACAAAACCUCAGUUUGUAGAGAAACACGAUGUCUGCGAGGCUCAACAAGGCGGAGCGCAACAGAACGAGGUAAGCCUGUAAUAUUGGCCUCGAAUGCCAUUCAUGCCACCGAAUGGGACGGUUACAACAGUGACUCUUGGGUCACCACACCACAACCUGUCAUUUGGGCCAUUCCGCGCCCCCCCCCAAACCCGCCAGCAAAAAAAAGUCAAAAAAUGAAAAAAGGAACUAGACAGAAAAUGAAAAUUGCAACUCACGUCGCACUCUUAAGAGCGUUGCACUCCACUCAGAAAAGAGUAAACAGAAUAGUAGGCAAAUGAGGACUGUCAGUGCGCAGGAAGGCUUACCACACCUCCGAGAGGAAGGAGAAGUCCGGGUGAGAAUCACUUUCAGUUGAUGACAGAAGUGCCAAGGGUGGACACCGGCCGCAGGAGGCCACCGGCUCCCGUCUGCCCCGCCGUCAUGCUCUGUCUGCUCCUGCCUCUCGCGUUGGUCUCCUGCCUUGGCCCAGGGAGCACAGCUUCACAAGCCAGCUCAACCCCCCUGAUGGUGAAUGGGACUCUGGGGGAGUCGGUAACUUUCCCCUUGAAGCUUCCUAUAUCUGAGGAUACACAUUCCAUCACCUGGCUUUACAACGGAACAUCUAUAACCUUCAUACAACUAAGCGAUCCUUCAGAUCCCCGGAUCAUACUGACGAAUCCAAAAUGGAAAGACCGACUGCAAUUCACCAGGAACUACUCCUUACAGCUCAGCAACCUGACAAUGGCUGACGCAGGAUCUUACCAUGCCCAGAUAACCACACAAACCUCUACAGUGUUUUCCAGUUACAAGCUGAGGAUCUUCAGACCACUGAGGAACUUAGAAGUGGCCAACCACACUUGGCGAUCCGAGAAUGGGACCUGUGAGAUCCACCUGACCUGCUCUGUGGAGAAUAUGAAUGACGACAACCUAGUAAGGUGGGAGGUCGCAGGAAGCAUAUCUAUAAGAGAAGCCAACCUCACUCUGUCCUGGGACCCCAAGCACUCCAGCGAAGAGAAGUACACCUGCAUAGCUGAGAAUCCUGUCAGCCAACUGUCCUUCUCUGUUUCCACCCAGAGUCUCUGCAAAGAUUUUUUGAAUGAUGAGUCCAUUGGUACCCUAUGGAUUGCACUUGUGACUAUUAUUUUGAUAUGUCCAGUCAUCGUGUUACUUGUUGUUUGGAGGAAGAAAUACUGUUUGUGCAAGAGAGGCGUCUUUCAUUUCUCUGCUCAGCAAACCCAGACUUCUGCAGAGAACAUGAAUAACUUAGAGUAUGUCUCCAUCUCUUCGGGGAACACCGUGUAUGCUCAUGUCACUCAUCCAAAGAGGCAAACAAGUAACCCAACGCCUAUGAAAACCACUGAUUCCUCCACAAUUUACUCCACGGUUCAUCAGUCCAAAGAGAGUAAGCCCAUUUCUCCCCGGACGACUGCCCUCGGCAACGUCAUCCAAGUGGCUGAGGGGUCUCAGCAGGAAUGCAGGAAGCACAUGGCUUCUCCUGAUCCCUUGGGAGAGAACAAACACAGCGUGGUUUCUGCCUGGAGAACUUGAAUAUCUAGGAUCAUCACUUCCAGUUCUGAGGACCGGAACCUGUUCGCCUACGUCAAAUAUCGAAGGAAUGACAUCGUUUCCAACAUGGGACCCAAAUAACAUUUUCUAAUGUGCUCCGGGUCAAAACACGCCUCGGCGAACAAGCCUGGAUAUUGACUUUCUCUUUGGCAACGGAUGGGGUUGCGGUUGACAGGGACUGGUAAUUCAGAAGACAACGACUUCUCUCCUUGUAGAGAGCAGCAGGACUGCGAUUCGCUGGGAGAGAGUACCGUGUGUUACAUAUGUUGUCUCCAGAAUCGGACGGACCCAUCCCCAAACCCUCACGCAUCGUUUACUAGACAUACCUCCCGGGACCCGUGACGGAACCUCUUGAGCUCUGGUCUGCUAGACUGAAAAAUGGGGAUCAGCCUGUUAACUCAAACCAGGAACCGGAGUUAUCCUUGACUUCAGCUGUUUCAUCAUCAGGCCCUUUGGACUCUACCUCCACACAUGUAUGUCAGAUCAACCCGCUUGUCUCCAAACCUUCAACCUCCAUCCUGUAUUAAUUAACCCACCAUCAUCUCCAACCUGGGCUACAACAGUAAACUCCAAACAAAUGUCCCCCAGGUUUGCUUUAUCUCCCUCCGGUCCAUUCUCCACAAGACAGCUGGAGUAAUAUCUUUAAUAUAAAUCAGACCCUUCACUUGUCUGCUUAAGAUGAACCCUGCGGGACUUCCCGGUCACUCAGAAAGAAACUGAGUCUCCGUGGCUCUGGAUGGCCUGGCGCCUCUACAACCUCGGCUGUCACCACUCACCCCUCUCUCUCUGAUUUGGCCUCUCUGAUUCUCUUUCAGCUCCUCGGAGGAGUUUGCUCACAUCUGCCUCCAGACCCUUCUCUGCCUGCCUCCUUCCUCCUCAUUCUAUAGGUGUCGGUGCAUAUAUGUCACUCUCCAAGAGAGACCUUCAGACCAUUCUAUCUGAAGUGCAUCCCCUUGUAUUCUGUCACACUUUCCAUGUCGUCUACCACAUGCCAUCGACUAUUUAUUAUAUUUAACGUCUCUUUCUCCGACUACUCCAUACGCUCUCGGGGAGCAGGGACCACAAUGAUUUCAUCUCAGUAUCCUGACCACCUAGCACAGGAUCUAGCACCUAGAAAAUGUUCAACCGAGCUCCUGGGUGGCUCGGUCGGCUAAGCGACUGACUUCGGUUCAGGUCAUGAUCUCGCAGUCCGUGAGUUCGAGCCCCGCGGCGGGCUCUGCGCGGACAGCUCGGAGCCUGGAGCCUGCUUCGGAGUCUGUGUCUCCCCCUCUCUCUGCACCCCCACCCCCUGCUCAUGCUCUCUCUGUGUCUCUCAAAAAUAAACAACCGUUGAAAACAGUGUUCAAUGAUACUUUUUAAAUAGAUAAACGAGCAUCUAGUGGAGUCCUGGAAGAAUUAAAGACAAUGUGCCUGCAGCCCUUGGUGUAUUCACAGAGCCCGAUAAACAUGAGCGUCAGUGUUGCGUUGUUACCAUUCCUGUUGUUAAAUUGCGUCCUCCUGAAUUCUUACAGUCUUCUCACAAACCCUCACCACAAGAAAGGAGAAGGGAUACAUUGUCUGGGACCCACUUCCCUGCCGGUUUGCCAGUUUACAUCAUUCCUUACCAGUCUAUUCGGCUCAGAUUUUAAAACUUCAUUCUUUUAUCCCCAGAGCAGAAUUCUCUGAUGUUUUUGUGCGUUUGAGAUCUUCAAGAUAAGAAUUUUUUUUUACAACACUCUAUGGAGGUGUGAUCGACAUACAAGAAGCUGGACGUCCUUCAUGGCACACAACUCGAUGAGUCUGGAGAGAAGUAUGCAUUCGUGAAACUGACCACAGUCGGGACUAUAAACAUAACUGGCACCAUGAGAGGUGUCCUCUAGCUUCUUUUACUUUCAAUUUUUAGUUUUUGGUGGGACGCGAACACUUAACAUAAGACCUACCCGAUUAGAAAAAUGUUAAGUACGAUAUUGUUAAUUAUAGGCCCUCGGAUGUACGGUGAAUCUCUCUAGGACUCGUUCCUCGCGCAUAACUGAGAUUUUAUCCCCUUUCUCCCAACUCUGCGGAGCCACGCCAAGUGCCGAGGCACCGGGUCUAUCUUCCCCAGGGCAGCACACAGGUGUGCCAGGAUAAUGGGUGCCAACUCCUACCUCUCCUUCCCUGGUGAAGGAGCAGUCGGGGGUAAGGUGCUUUCUCCCCCUCCUGUAGAGCCAAAGCCAACUGCUGGGAUCCAGGCUGGCUGCCGAGCUGUGCAUGCGAGUCGUGUGGCUCCCCACUCUGGGGGACCGCCUGCAGGGGUGGAUGCGGGCCUGCUGUGGGGGUCCACUGGUGGACCAGCUCACUGGCAGGGCCCCUAGGCUGGUUUCUGAGACCCACACGUCAGUUGCCCUGGGCCCCAGCCCCCUUGCUUUGUUCUUAGCUGCCCCCCAAUGAGACAGAAAUGCAACGUCCCUAUGCAUUCCGGGGGACAGAAGCAAGCCUCCCGGGCCCAUUGCGAAAGACCGGGGAAGGAGGAUGCUCAUUUCAUGGGGUCUCCUGUGGGAAGAACCAGACCGAGGGAGUCUCUCUAAGCACUGAGCUGUGCCAGCUUGGGGUGAUGUGAGUAAAGUGAAAUUGUUCUCACCCUUUGCAAUGUGUCCAUUCUCGGAUUCUGUGCUCCACUCAGGCGCUAGGACCUCUCAACGGGACCCCGGAGCUCUCGUAAAAGUGUAUUUGUCCAGGAAUGGCUGUUAAAUCAGGGUUCCCCUGGGAGGACCAGGGCUAAGGCCCUCGUAUCCACCAUCUAGCUGAUGUCACUCGAAU